AUGAUGUUUGCGGUGUCAAUUUCCAACAAAUCGUCUUCCUCCUCCUCCUCAACCACCAAAUUGUCAUCAUCAACACCUUCCUCUUCCUCUUCGUCAGAGUCCUUGUCUUCAGGAGGCGGGGCGUCGUCGUAUUUCCGUCUAGCGUGCUUUCUCUUCUUCUUCUUCUCCUGGUCGCCGUCCUCAAUUUUCCGUUUUCCGGCCUCCUCAGACUUGGUCUCUGCCUCUGGAGCCUCCUCCUUCUUGGCUUCAACUUCAACUUCUGGCUUCACUUCAGAUUUCUCAGCCUCUGGCUUCACCUCUUUAACUUCCUCAGACAUGGUUAUACGCGUUGUGGAAAAGUUCCACUUCACCUAA